GCGCCAACGCUAAGCUGCGCUACCAGAUCACGGCGGGGAACGCGAUGGGUUCCUUCGACGUGGAGCCUGAGGUCGGCACUAUCUUCGUGGCCCAGCCGCUGGACUUCGAGCUGGAGCAGCGCUACGAGCUGCGCCUGGUGGCCUCCGACGGGAAGUGGGAGAACGAGACGCUGGUGGUGGUGCAGGUGCUGAACCGCAACGACGAGGCGCCCGUCUUCAGCCGCAGCGAAUACCAGGCGUCCGUCACAGAGGAGCUCACUCAGCUGCCCGUCUUCCUCCUGGAGGUGUCGGCCACAGAUCCGGACCAGGAAGCUGAUCAGACCGCGCUACGUUACUCCCUCCAUGGCCAGGGCGCCGAUGGAGAGUUCACUAUUGACGAACGCACCGGGAGAAUCUACGCCCAGCGGCGCCUGGACCGGGAGGAGCGAGCGGCCUGGAGGUUCCUCGUCUUCGCCACCGACGAGGCAGGAGCAGGACUCACGGGAUUUGCAGAUGUGUUGUUGGAGGUCCGAGACGUCAACGACAACGCGCCCUUCUUCCCGUGCCCGGCGCUGGAAGUAGACGGAUGUUUUGUCGGACAAGUGCCUGAGAAUUCCCCUGCGGACACGUCGGUCAUGGAGAUGCGCGCCAUGGACCUGGAUGACGCCAACGAGGGCAAGAACGCCAUGAUGACCUACAGCAUCAUCAAGAACGUCCGCAACGAGAUUAACCUCAACCUGUUCUCCAUCAACGGCAGCAGCGGGACCAUCUACACGGUGCUGCGCUCGCUGGACCGCGAGGUGGAGGAGCGCUAUCUGGUGGUGGUGGAGGCCAGGGACGGAGGGGGUUUGGCGGGAACGGGAACAGCCACUAUCAUGAUCUCAGACGUCAAUGAUCACCCACCUGUCUUCACUCAGAGCGUCUAUACAACUCAGGUGACGGAGGACCUGGAGGUGAACAGCGAGGUUCUUGUAGUUUCCGCCACAGACGGAGACGAAGGAGAGAACGCCGUGGUGACCUUCAGCAUCGUCGGCGGGGACGAGGACAGGAAGUUCUUCGUGGAGACGGACAAAGUGAACAAGCGCGGCGUGAUCAAACUCCAGAAGAUGGUGGACUUCGAGAAGCCCCGUGAGAGGACGUUCAAUCUGACGCUGAAGGCGGAAGACGCUGAUUUCUUCAGCCUGGCCUACUGUCUCGUGCAGGUGGAAGACUCCAACGACCACGCACCUGUAUUUUUCCCUCAAUUCUACGAGUCUCCAGCCAUGUCUGAAGACGUUCCUGUGGGCACGAUCGUUGCUCAGGUAACAGCUUCUGAUCUGGACUCGGGACAAAAUGGACGUUUUUCCUACAGUAUUUCAAAAGAGUCUGACCCCUACAAUCAGUUCCUGGUGGACCAGUCCGGUUGGGUGGUGGUGGCCGAUUCUCUGGACCGGGAGAAGAUCUCGCAGCACAGGAUCAUGGUGCUCGCCACGGACUCUGGGAGUCCACCAUUGACUGGAACUGCCAUCGUGGUGGUAACCGUACUCGACAUUAACGACAACGGGCCGGAGUUCGAGGUGUCCUAUAAGCCUGUGGUUUGGGAGAACAUGGCCGCCCCUCAGGCAGUCCGAAUGAAUGACUCCUCCCUCCUAAUCCACGCCACCGACCGGGACACCUCCACCAACGGCGGCCCGUUCUCCAUUCGCCUUCUCAUGCUCACCUCCGACGCCACAAACUUCAACCUGACGGACUUCCGUAACGGCAGCGCGGCCAUCACUGCGCUCCGGACCUUCGACCGCGAGAGACAGAAGGAGUACCGCCUCCCCAUUCUGAUGAUUGACAGCGGCUCUCCUCCAAUGAGCUCCACCAGCACGCUCAUGGUGGUGAUUGGUGACAGGAAUGACCACCCUCACUCCUCGGGUCACACCAACUUUGUCGUCUACAGUUAUGAAGGUAUUCUCCCGACGACGGUGCUCGGACGAGUUCAAUCCCCCGACCUUGAUGACUGGAGUGAGAAGGUUUACCGUUUUGAAGGAAAACCCUCCAGGUUGUUCAGUCUGAACCAGAGCUCCGGGGCGCUCAGCCUCAGGGAGGGGGCUCCUCCGGGCUCGUACCUGCUGCAGGUGCUCGUGUCGGACCGAACCUGGCCCGACGUCACCUCCUCGGCUCAGGUGGAGGUGAGGGAGCUGCAGCAGGAGGCGCUGAGCAACGCCGCCUCCAUCCGCUUCAGCAACCUGACUCUGGAGGAGUUCUUCAGCCGAGGAGGAGUCGAGGAGAGCCGGUUCUCCCGUCUGGGUGGAGUGCUGGCGGAUCUCCUGGAGGUUUCACCGGAGAGCGUUCAGAUCUUCUCUGUGCGGGAGAGCGGGCCGCGGGGGGGCGAGAAGUCGCUCAGCGUUUGGUUUGUGGCUCGAGGCUCUCCGUACUACAAGAAGGAGAAGCUGCACGGCUACGUGGCCGCACACAGAGCCAAGCUGGAGGCCCUGCUGGACGUGUCCAUCUCUCAGGUGGGCGUGGAUGAGUGUCCCGCCACAGACUGCGCUCCGUCUGGCGGCUGCAGCAGCGAGGUUUCCUUCAGCCAGGUCCCAGUGGCUCUGAGCAGCGGGAACUCCACCCUGGUGUCGCUGUCGGCCUCGUCCUCAGCGCAGUGUGGCUGCCGCGGCCGAGAGGAGGUCCACUUCCCCUGCGCGACAUACCCCACGAACCCCUGCCUCAACGGGGGCUCCUGCCAGGACGGACCGCUGGGAUUCAGGUGUAAAUGUCCUCCCAUGUUUGACGGGCCUGAGUGCCAGCAGACCAAACACAGCUUCGGGGGUCAGGGCUAUGCCUGGUUUCCUCCCAUCAUGCCUUGCUUCCAGAGCCACAUCUCCGUGGAGUUCCUGGCUGAGUCGGCCAAUGGGCUGCUCCUCUACGACGGGCCGCUCGGCCCCCCCCACUCCGGGGAGCAGGAGGACUUCAUCACCUUGGAGCUGAGGAACGGCGUUCCCGCUCUGAGCGUAAACCACGGAUCAGGAACGCUGACUCUGCAGCUCCCGCCAAAAUCCAGCGUGAGCGACCGGCGCUGGCACCGCCUCGACAUCCUCAGCGACGGGAAGGUGGUGCAGCUGAUCCUGGACCAGUGUGGGGGGGUGACGGUGAGCGAGGCGGAGGGGGAGGAGUCCGGCUGCCGAGCGAAGGGGGAGACGCCGGGACACCACAGGUUUCUGAAUGUCUUCCAGCCUCUCCAGUUGGGAGGAGUGAAGGAAACGUCUCCUCAUCGACGUUACCGCAGCUUCACGGGCUGCAUCCGCAACCUGGUGGUGGACAGCCAGAUGUACGACCUGGCGUCCCCAGGUGAGAGUGUGGACAGCACCCCAGGGUGCCGGCUGACGGACGGGGUGUGUGUGACGGCAGCCGGGCCCUCCUGUGGGCCCCGGGCAUCCUGCCUCGCUGACUGGGGCUCCUUCAGCUGCGAGUGCCAGCCCGGGUUCAGCGGGCACAAGUGUGACAGCGCCCUCCCUGAGUUCUCCUUCGACUCUGGCAGCGUCGUGCAGCUGCAGCUCAGAGGCGGAGGCAGCUCUCGCCGCACAGACGUCCAGCUGCUGCUCCGGACACGAGCCUCCUCCGGCACCUUGCUCUCCAUGAGGUCCCGGGAGCCUGACGCCUUCAUCGUGUUGGAGAUCUCGGAGGGUCUGCUCUCGGUUCGUGCUAACCUCGGUGACGGCGUCCACUCCCUGCGUCUCCCCGAGCAACGGGUCGACGUCGGACAGUGGGUGCUGGUCGGACUCAGUCGCCAUGACAACCUGUUCACCCUGCGUCUGGAGCAGGGGGGCGGGUCGAGGGAGGCCCGGGCCCAGCUGGGGGGUCGGCGGGAGGUCGAGGUUCACAGCCUGACGCUCGGGAGCGACGAGGCCGGCUUUCAGGGCUGCCUGAGGGACGUUCGCUUUAACGGCCAGCUGCUCCCUCUGGACGGGCAGAGCCGGGACACGGUGACGGUGCUGCAGCGGGGGGGCGUCACCGCGGGGUGCCCCAGCGACGCCUGCAGGGGUCAGCCCUGCCGCAGCCCGCUGACCUGCACCGACCUCUGGAGGAAGCACCAGUGCAGGUGCCCCGGCGGUCAGCUGACGGUGACGGAGGCCUCGGGGCAGCAGCGGUGCGCGGCGUCGCCCUGCGCUUCCACUUCCUGUCGUAACGCCGGCGUGUGCCAGGCGCUGUCGCCCGACGCGUUUCGCUGCCGCUGCCUCGACGGAUUCGGGGGGCAACGCUGCGAGCUGGGAGCGGUCAAAGGUCACCGCCUCGCUGCCCUCAGCCCCAGCUCCAUCCUCGCCAUCAGCAUGUGUCUGCUCGUCUUCUUCGCCGUGCUGGUUGCAGUGACGGUGUGGAACCAGAAAGGAAGCCGUAACAAGUUCAGAAAGCGCGGAGUUUACCACAUCCCCGCCGAGCACGAGAGCUGGGAGGACAUCCGGGAAAACAUCCUGAACUACAACGAGGAGGGGGGGGGAGAGCAGGACCAGAACGGAUACGACAUCUCGGAGCUGAAGCGCCCGCUGGGCUCCAGCCUGUCUCAGUCCUCCUCCGGACCCCUCAUCAAGUCCUCCAGCCAGGAGGAGGUGCACCCGUCAGGUUCUUCCUCCAGUUCAGGCGCUCCGUACCUCAGCAUCCCCCACCACCACCACCACCACCACCAUCACAACCCCCCCCCCUACCAGCACGCCACCUACAGUGACUUCGCCCCCCCCACCUUCGCCCCCUCUUGCUCUCACGGGGACUUCCAGAGCUACGUGGCGAGGAUCCUGUGGGAGGCGGACAGCGACGGGGGGGCGCUGCCGCCGGACGCCCUGCACUUGUGGAGCGUGGAAGGCUCGGGGUCCGGGGCGGGGAGCCUCAGCUCGCUGGGGUCCACGGCCAGGAGCAGGAGGGAGGAGGAAGAGGAGGAGGGAGGGUUUGCGGACGAGAGACUGUCUCGAUGGGGCCCAAAGUUCCAGGCUCUGAGCGAGAUGUACGACCGACCCCAGCUGGGACUCACACACAGAGACGCAGUGACCCACAUCCAGAGGGGCCACAGCCGAGACCCCCUGCCUCUCCACCACUAGGGGGCGCUACACAACACCACCCAGGGAUGUCUUAUGUCUUAUUGGACCCUGAAGGCAGCGUCUCUCUCUGGUUCCCUCCACUAAAAGCUGAUAGGAUUUUUACGUUGGGUUUUGGAUUAUUAGUCUAGUUGCCAUAAUUAGUUUCAAAUAACACAAACAAAAAGUUAGUCAAAUUUGAAUAUAAACAUACAUUUCAACAUUUUGGAAAUAUUAGGUCAAUAUGGUAUUCCUAAAACAACAAUAUUGUGACUGCAAACUACAUUUAUCUGAUGUCAGACAUGCAAUACAGUUAAUAUUAAAAAAGUCCUGCGAACUUAUCAACAGUUGGAAACUCCUGUGUGGGUGCUCAUUGGGCCUUGAAAUCUGAUUGGCUGUGCCAGACUCCAAUUCAAAAAUGCUCCGUCCUGAUUGGCUGCUGGCCCGAUAAGAGGCAGGACUUAACAAUCAAACGGUAACAUGUUCAGUGACUGAGCUAACUGAUGCUAACGACACGUCUACAGUUUAAAAUCACACUUUCAUUCAUUAGUAAUCAUCCAAAAAUAUUUUAAAACCUUUUUAAGUUCUUAUUUUUGGUGUAUUUAUUUAUUCGAAAUUCAUUCCACACGUUUUUUAGCAAUAAAUGAACCUCUAAAAUGUCAGAAAACCGUGAACAGUGCAGAUGUUAACGGCCCAAAACCGAGAAGUCAAGUUAGUUCAUCGACAGACAAAUAGUUUCUGAUGCAAAACAGUCACAAAAUGCUGUUUUCAGCCCGUCAGAAACAUCAUAUUAACCUUUUACUGUUUUCUGAUAUUUUAUAAACCAAAUCAUGAAAGUAAAUGUUUGUUGCAGUUAGUUUUAACAUUUCUUAAAGGUAUUUAUCAUCACAGAAGACAAAGAAAAGGAGUGUUUUUGCUGAAAAGUGUAAGGAAUAACAGCUGUGUUAUCCCGAAAAUGGCCAAAUGCUUACAUGGAAACGUUGACACCCUGAACACAAGGACACCGAUGGCUCCGAUGAGUCUUACCAGCACACAGGAACAUGCCAUCUUUAUUUAUUUACUUUAGAUGUGCUGUGUUUAUUUCAUCUUUUGUGGGCCGCUUACUUUUACUCUGAAAAUAUGGAUUUCCAGAGUAAAAGGUCCCUUGGCUUUUCCCGCACUUUGACCUCCAAAAAAACAGUGAAUUUCCAGCUUUGUAUUCCUCUUUUCUAGCUUCCUGUUGCAGGAUGAGUCAGAGGUUAAAAAAACAACCUCGAUAUGUAAAAUAAGAUUUGAUAGUUUUCAGAUGAGAUUAUUUUUGUACUCCCCUGUAGAAACUUCCCAGAAUGCUUUGCGUCGUGUUAUUAGCGUGCAGUGGCGUCACUUUGAGUCUUUGUCGUGUUCAGACGGUGGAAAUUAAAGAUGUAUUGAUGAGAAAAGCACAAAAUAAAUUCACAUUUCUUCGACAUGUUCAGAUUUCAGAGCACAGACGUUUAGAGGAAGCGUAAACAGAAAAUAUAUAUAUAUAAAAAAAAGGUUUUUAUCACAUAAUAGCAGAAUAUUUGAGAUCAUAACAAGUCCCAUAACAGUUUAAAUAACGCCCAUGUCUGUAAUUCAUUGUAAUGUCCUCAUAGCACUCUACAAUGAUUGUUACAAGCACUCGAAAAUAUAGCUAACGUCACUCCCGGUCAAAAUUACGGCCCGAACACUUUCAGGUGAAAAAAAGUGGGAAACAAUAGUGUCUUCAUGUGUACACACUGUACAGGAAGAAGAAUGAAGUGCGCCCCUAAAGAACUGCUCUCUGCAUCCAAGUGGGAAAACACAGGUGUCUUCUUCUGAACCGAUGUGCAGCUUUCUUGAGUUGUUAGUGUGAAUCCAGGCUGGUGUCUGUGUGUGUUGUACAUGUUGUACAUAUGGACGUUUUAUAGCAACCUAACAUGGAGUAUUCCUUUUGUAAAUGACUUUUAAUAAAAAAUGGCUUUUCCCCAAAACGA